CACAUAUAAAGCGCUUCCCCCCAGCACGCGGGGAAAGAGUGAAUCACUGCUUUCUAGGAGGAGCCGCUCUCGCGCUCUCUCUCUCUCUCCAAAAAGAUCCCUGCAUCCCCAGCAGCUUCCCACAGCACCGGCUCGAGCCUCUUCAGCGUUCAGCGCUCCCGGCUCACUUCGCUUCGGUUCUGUUUUCUUGCUUCGCGCGCAGGUGAUCAGCACACCUGAGUGCAGGUGCUCCUCGCGCACACACAGCCUACACGAGCUACGCGCGCACACCGUUCCACAACUUUGGCGGUGAACAGCGUGAGCGCGCACAUGGCCGCGCUAAUCACCUCGUACUCCUCGUGGCCGGAGAGUUUCGAGUGUCCCGCCGCGGGAGAUGGAGACGGCGGGGACGCGCGUGGGGGCCAGCGCGCUCCCGCGGACCGGGCGCCGGAGCCGCGCAUCCGCAGACCCAUGAACGCGUUUAUGGUGUGGGCCAAGGAUGAGCGCAAGAGGCUGGCGGUGCAGAACCCGGACCUGCACAACGCGGAGCUCAGCAAGAUGCUCGGAAAGUCCUGGAAGGCCCUGACUCCCUCACAGAAGAGGCCAUAUGUUGAAGAGGCAGAGAGGCUGCGGGUCCAACACAUGCAGGACUACCCCAACUAUAAGUACCGUCCACGCCGGAAGAAGCAGCUGAAGCGAAUCUGUAAGCGUGUGGACCCUGGCUUCCUGCUGACCGGCCUGGGCCCUGACCAGAACUCUCUGUCGGAUCCACGUGGCUGCUGUCACUCCAUGGACAAAGAUGAUGAAGGUAGUGUUGGUGGCAGUGGUGGAUUCUCCUCAACCAGUGCAACAUUGCCUGGUGUGAGGGUCUUCAGGGACACUGCCAGCACCGGCAGCUUUGACACAUAUCCCUAUGGCUUGCCUACACCACCUGAGAUGUCUCCUCUGGAUGCGGUGGACCACGAGCACCCCUCCUACUAUUCUUCCUCCAGUUCUAUCCCCAGCAAUUCCUGCUCAGCCUCCAGUUCUGGCCCAGAUGAUCGACGUCCCACGCCGGUUCACAUGAGCAGCCCGCCGCCAUACCAUCCUGACUACUCCCAUCAGGCACCUCUCCAUUGUGGUGGCACACACCUGGGCCAUAUCCCCAUGCCUCACCAAAGUAGUGGACCGACCCUCAUCCCCACACCUCCACUCUCCUACUACGGCACCCCGUUCCCUCAGGUGCCGGUACACCACAGCCUGCAGGGACACUUAGGCCAGCUCUCACCGCCACCUGAGCAGGGUCACCUGGAGAAUUUAGACCAGCUAAGCCAGGCCGAACUGCUGGGUGAAGUGGACCGUGAUGAGUUUGACCAGUACCUGAACUCCACCAGCUAUCACCCAGAACAGAGUGGGAUGACAGUGACUGGACACAUCCAGGUAACUCCGGCAUCUACCUGCCCAAGCAGCACCACAGAAACCAGUCUCAUCUCUGUUCUGGCUGAUGCGACAGCUGCUUACUACAACAAUUACGGCAUUUCUUAAAGAAAGAGACAAAGUGACAAAAGACACUAUGUGUGGACAGAGACCAUGGGCACUAAGUGGGUCAUCCAUGUAAACAAAAGGAGGACAGAAGGAAAGGAAGAAUAUACGGGAUGUCAAGGGACACCUCAGGGAUGCAUAGAUAAAGCUCUAAAGUUCAUUCCCAUCUUUGUUUCCAGGAAAAGAGAGGGCAAACUGGACAAACUGUCAGUCCUGCUGAAAUGUUCUCAAGACAUUGUUACAGAUACUUGUACAUUUGCUCUGCAGCUUAUUUAUGUAUCUAAUUUUUUGCGUAUCUAAUUUUUUUUUUUUUUUGCAUUAUUCCAUAUUGUAUUGCUGUUUUCUCCUGUCCUAAUAAUCAUGCCUUUAUUACAAACCUCAGUUGUUUUACCUCAAGACACUGUAUUUAAAGUGAGACUGGACUCUUCCGCAGAUCUUCCAUAGGACUCAUGAAGGAAAUAGUCUCCUUUUUUAUAAAUACCCAUAUGAAUAUAUAUAUAUAUAUUGUACUCAUAAAUUGUUACCAAGAAAAUAAUAAUGAUGGAUAUUAUUGUAUGCUGAUUUAGGGGUUUUGUGACAUUAAUUUAAUUGAAAUAAAAUACCAAAUUUCUACUUUGAUAUCUCUGCAGAUAUCAGUGUCAUAUGAAUGUCCGUGACUUUAAUUAUGUAAUUUGAAGAUCGACAUUAAAUGAUGAUGUUGAAUGAAGGACA